AUGCCCUCCGUCUACUCGACCGUGUUCCAGAACUUCAUCCGUCAGGGAUUCACAAAGUCCAUCUCUCUUGGUUACGCCCAGUCGGUCGUAGCUGCCACUCAUCCUCAUGUUCUAAACCCCCAGAACCGCCCGUCUUUUGCGCGGCGCCACAGCACUCGGAUCAGCCGUGUCUCGAACUUCGGCCUUCAGAGUGCCUUUCACUACUCGGGCCCCAGCUCGCAUGUUGCUGUGCCGGUAGAGCCUCGCCAUGAUGUCCCCGUCGAGCAUGGCGGGCUGGACGCCUAUUUUGAGCAGCUGCAGCAGUCGACGGAACAGCCCGGUGAAGAAGACGGCGAGUGGAUUCAGUUCCAGUUCCCGAAGCGCAUCGAAUGGAACCCUACACCGGCUUCCGUUCUCCUUGGGUCCGAUACGAGGACUCUUGCGCUCGAAGGCGAUGUAGCUCCCGGCCACGAGGCCCGCAUACCUGUGUCGCCUGAAGACGAGGCAGUCCUGGCCCGGAUCGAUGCUGCUCUCGAGAAGGAGGUUGAGGUUCGCAAAGAGCUGGAAGCGUUGGAAGAAGAGGCCGAAUCCCUCAGAGCAGUGUCGCCCGCCCUGGCUGACCAGCGACUUGAGGAGAUCCGAUCUCGUAUGAUCACCCCGGUGUCUCGCGCUCGAACACCAGCUGGCAUCGUGCGGACCGCGACACCCCCAGUCGACCCACAGUCUCAGACCUAUGCACACCAUCUGACAAAGCUCUCCGAGGCAUCGCGCUAUGCCGAGAUACCUGCCGUGUUUGAGGCGAUGCUGGUCGCUGGUGUUAAGCCCAUUGCCGAGUCUUACAAUGCUUUGCUCAUGUCGGCUAUCCACAUGCCCUCGGAGAGGUCCCACGUCGUCUCCAAGGCACUAGAUAUCUACGCCGAUAUGCUCCGGCGGAAAGCUUCCCCGGACGCUGACACGUUUAACAUCCUGGUCGGUCUGCUCGCGUCUCGGUCGCUCGAGGUUUCAACCCUCAAAAGGUCGCUCGAGGACAAGCGACUGCGGUUCGGAGGCAUGGAAGAGGCUGGCAAGUUCAUGUUUGCGUCGCACGAGAUUGAGCAUGACAUCCUGUCUGAGGAUGACCGCCUGGACCUGGCCUUGAAGCUCUUCGAGACUUCAGCCCAGUCAGGCACGGCGUUCUUUUCGUCCGAAACAUACCACCAACUCAUCUCGGCCUGUGCCCAGUCGGGCCGCGUUUCUGAUAUGCUCAAGCUCUUCGAGCAUAUGGAGGCACACCGGACGACACCCUACGCUGCCACCUUUCCCGUCAUGAUCACCGCUUUUGCCAAGGCAGGGGACCUUAUCAGCGCCGUCGAAUGCUAUAACGAGUACCGCAAUCUUGCAAUUGCCAACGACAACAACGAGCCAUCUCUGCGAGACCGGCUUGAUGCUCAGGUCUACGCUGCCGUGCUCUAUGCGUACGUCAUCUCGGACAAACUGGAAGGUGCCAUGAAAUUCUACAAGAAGAUUGUCAACGAGUAUGGUGUUCGGGCGUCGGACAUAAACGGCGCUAUCAUUGCCGGCGGGUUUGUCAAGGCCUUGGUCGACCGUGGUAUCUAUUCGGAAGCGCUCCGCUGGGCCCAGAAAAUCGAGGACGAGAACAGAAGUCGUGCGAUGAGCGAGGUUACAAUCGUUGCGGCUGACCACGGCGACAAGCAUACCGCUGUAGCCGCCUUUUCCAGCAUCAACCCCUUGGGCGAUGUUGCCUCACCGGCCAUUGCCAUGCUCGCCAUGAGUGUUCGCGAGGGUGACGUUGCUACUGCUUCGCGGUACUGGGCUGUCUUGAGCCACCCCGAAACUCAGCCCACGCCAGCCUUCAUUGAGCCGGCAACCAUGUACGCUAUCGCCAUGAUUGGCUCUGGUCAGGUAGGCGAAGGCUUGACCGAGGCUGAGCACAUGUUUCAGCGGGUCCGUGAUAGCGCGGGUGAGCCCAGCGUCCAGUUGAUAGAUGAGCUCGAGGAGGGCGCAGAGUUUAUCUCGAGAUUCAUGGCUGCUCGAGGCGUUUCCGAUCCCCGGAAUAGCAUGCCGCUGGUACCCCACGCUCCUACGACUCUUUCUGCUUCAGUGUUCCCGCUGACACCCACCGACACGGUUCACGAAGAGCAUUACGACCCAUACGGCCAUACAUUAGACGUCAGGGCCUCAGGCUUGAUUGCUGCGGACCUGGAUUCCAGCCUCAAGGCACCAAAGUCGAGCAGUAAGCAGGGAAAUGGUUUUCCAGCAGCACUCGCACGGCUUCGGAACGUUCGCCGGGCCGGUCGUCAUCCGCGUUACGAAACAUACGCCCGGCUCAUUGUUGCUGCAGCCCGCAUUGGCGCCCGCAAGCUAGAUUCAUGUGUUGAGAUUCUUGUCUUUGCGCGCAACGAUGUUCCGCCACUGGCCGAAUAUCCGGCAGUCUGCUCUGGCUGGUCCAAAAUUCUGGAUUCCAUGGUUCACGCCUGCUUAACCCUUGGCAAGAGAGAUAUGGCCGAGAGAUACCACCAGGAACUGCUUUCAAUGGGCGGCAAACUAUCGGCCAACACUUACGGCCUUUACAUCACGACGCUGGAGAAGAAAACGGAGAGCUCUGACGAAGCUACGGAAGCUGUCAAGAUCUUCCACCGCGCCAAGGAAGAAGGGGUCGAGCUCAACUCGUUCCUGUACAACGCCCUCAUUGGCAAACUCGGCAGGGCUCGCCGCAUUGACGACUGUCUCUUCUACUUCGGGGAGAUGCGCAAUCUCGGAAUUAGGCCCACCUCGGUCACUUACGGCACCAUUGUGAACGCCCUGUGCCGGGUCUGUGACGAGAAAUUCGCGGUUGAGCUAUUCGACGAGAUGGAGGCCAUGCGCGGCUAUCAGGCACGCGCGGCACCGUAUAACAGCAUGAUGCAGUUCUUCCUGCUCACGAAGCGCGACAGGUCUAAGGCCCUCCACUAUUAUGAGCGCAUGAAGAAGCAGGGUCUCGCUCCUACUUCGCACACGUUCAAGCUUCUUGUCGACAUUCACGCCACCCUGCAGCCCAUGAAUAUGAAGGCCGCCGAAAGAGUUCUGGAGGAAAUGCGGGCUUCUGGCGAAGCUCCCGAAUCCGUUCAUUAUGCUUCUCUGAUUCAUGCCUACGGUUGCGUCCACCACGACUUGCCAGCCGCCCGUCUUGUCUUCGAUAACGUGAUGGAGAACCCGUUGGUGGCCCCUGCUCCUGCCCUGUUCCAGGCCUUGUUUGAGGCAAUGGUUGCCAACCAUCGGGUUGCCGACACUGAGCCUGUCCUCGUCAACAUGGCGGGCAAGGGUGUGCACACGACCCCGUACAUUGCAAACAUUCUGAUUCACGGCUGGGCUGCCGAGCAAAAUAUCGACAAGGCAAAGCAGGUCUACUCGGCUCUCGGACGCAAUAAGCGGGAGCCAAGCACUUACGAGGCCAUGACGCGAGCGUUCCUUGCCGUUCAUGACCGUGCAGAAGCUGAAGCUGUCGUCGGCGAGAUGCGCACUCGCGGAUAUCCGGAUGCUGUGGUGAACAAGGUUACGGCGCUGUUGAGGGGCGGAAAUGCUGAUGAGCCUACCCCGGCCAAUGCAUAA